AUGGCAGACCCCUUCAGCCUUGCUGCCAGCAUAAUUACUGUAGUGCAAGCUACCAGCUAUGCCAUCAAAUUCAUCGGAGAAGUCAAGGAUUCUUCCCAUGAAUGCUCAAAGUUGCUUGUAGAGCUGAGCAUGACAGCUGGAAUUUUGGAUAGUCUGAAAAAUCUGCUUGAGAGUGACUCGGAAAGCUCCUGGCUUGCAACUGCCAAAUCUCUCGCCAAACCCCAAGGUCCACUCAAGGAGUUUGGAGCACUUGUAGAAAGACUAAUUUCGAAGUUGAAGCCCGCCACUGGAUUGCGAAGAGCUGGUAAAGCUAUUGCUUGGCCGUUCAGGAGGGAAGAGGUGAAGGAUAUGCUGGCAACAAUCGAGCGUCAGAAAACCAUGUUUGUUCUCGCUUUGGAGUUGGACCACGUGGAGCUGUCCAACCGGCUAGACACCAAAAUCACUGAACUGACUGUACAAAUGAAAGACCUUCGACAUAGGGAUAUCAAUCAGGCAGCUGCGGAGACUAGAACCAAAAUCCUUAAUUGGUUGUCGCAACUUCAGCCACACAAAAAGCACAGCGACGUGUCCGAGAGGCGUCUGAAAGGGACUGGAGAAUGGGUAUUUGAUCACGAGCACUAUAAAAGAUGGUUCAGUGACGCAGCUGAAACGAGCACACUUUGGUGUCCAGGCAUUCCAGGAGCAGGAAAGACGAUCAUCUCGUCUCUCGUAAUUGAUAGACUUAGGCGCAACAAAGGACUUGACGUAGGCCUCGCCUUCUUCUACUGUGACUACCGAGAUAUUGACAACCAUACGACCGCAAACAUCAUUGCGAGCCUCACCAAGCAGCUAGCGCAUCAUCUUGAAAGCCUUCCCAUAUGUCUCACACAAUUGUUUAAUGACUGUGAUAGGGGACAGAGGAUACCAGAUGUGGAUGAGUUGGAAGAGGUCAUCCUUGAAGUCUGUAAAUCUUUCCGUCAAGUUUUCAUUGUUAUCGACGCACUAGAUGAGUGUGACGCCGCGAGAUAUCGACCUUCUUUGCUCAAGAUUCUUGCUUUACUGGAGAAACGAUCCGCGAAGCUUUUCAUCACUAGCAGGCCCUUCGCUGAUGAUAUUCGGAAAAGUUUCGGUCAAGGGCCUCAAAUCUCGAUAAGCGCACAACAAACAGACAUUAGAAGGUAUCUGCAAGAUCGCAUCAGUAACAAUGCUGCUGCCGAGGACAUUAUGGAAAGACGUCUUCAGGCAGAGAUUUUCUCAGUCAUUUCCGAAGGCGCUAAUGGCAUGUUUCUGCUUCCAGCUUUGCAAAUUCAAACUAUACUAGAUGAGACAACAAGAAAAGGCAUGCGCAAGGCUCUCAGAAAGAUGCCUAAGAGCCUGGACGCCACUUUUGGAGAGACCUUGAAACGACUUCAGCGGCAAUCAAGAGGCCGUUCUCAGCUUGGCCUCGAUACAUUGAUGUGGAUAUCACAUGCGAAGAGACCGCUCCGUGUUGAUGAGUUGCAGCAAGCAUUGGCAAUCGACGAUGAGGACACAUCGCUAGACACUGAGAACUAUGCCUCCGUCAGGCAUAUUGUAGAGUGCUGUCUGGGAUUGGUUACCAUCGACGAGGAGAGUUCAUCGAUCAGACUGGUUCAUUACUCGGUCCAAGAAUAUCUGCAAGAACACAAAGCUGAAAUCUUCCCCGAUGCCGAAAAAUCGAUUGCGGAGACAUGCUUGACUUUUCUUAGCUUCAAAGACUUCGAUGAUCAAUGCAAUAGAUUGACAUUAUUCGACACGAGGAUUCGAACAUAUCCAUUUCUUAUGUAUGCAGCGCAAAAUUGGGGUGUGCAUGCAAAACUUUCUCCUUGCAACACUUUACUGAGCCAGAUAAUGCGCUUCACGAACCUGGAGCUAAAUCUUUUUUCCGCCGAGCAGGCUUUCCAGGCUAAAUUCUGGUACAGAGACCCGUCUCAGCCAAGAAGAUAUGGUGCCGACUGGGAGAGAUGGUACGAAGAAACCCGGAGGCGGCAGACUGGCCUUCACGUUGCGUCCCGCUGGGGCCUUGAUGCUCUGGCCGUUCAUAUUCUGCAGGAAAGCAUUGACGUGAACGCUCGGAACAGUCGUGGAGAGACGGCAUUAUGGUGGGCGGUAAGAAACGAGCUCGAUAGUAUUGUGGAAAUGCUGCUCGACGCUCGGGCUGAUGGUAGCCUGUUCGAGACAAAGUAUGGCGAUACCCCGAUCAUCCUUGCAACAGCAUCGAACAACGAGAAGACAGUGCGAUUGCUGCUCAGAUCGCAAGUUGACUGCAACAAGGGCAACUCAUCUGCAGAGACGGCGCUGUACAAAGCCGCUGUCAACGAUAACCUGGUUAUCGUAAAAAUGCUCUUGGAUGCAGGUGCCCUUCCCAACGUCCAAUCACACUAUUCUCAAAGCGGUGGUAGGGUACUCCUACGUGCGGAACAGGCAGGUCAAAUUGAGAUUAUACUCACGCAAUUUGACAAAGACGGGGGAGGUGCCUCCGACUACAAUGGGAAAUCUGCUCUUCAAACGGCGCUUGAUAAUGACAAUAUCGAUAUUGUACGAGCAUUGGUAGACCAUGAUGUCACAAUGGAUCAAGGCCAACGGGAAAUCUAUGAAAAGCUUCUAGAAAGGGGAAAAGCUAGCUCCGGCAAGGUCGCUGAUCGCCGCAGUGACCUUUCAAAAGACCCCGAGAAUCGUGAGAAAUUCUCGUUUUAA